AUGGAAAUAAUCAAAGAAGAAAGUGUGGACAAGUCUUGUUUUAUUGAAAUAGUCCCUUCGGAUGUACCUCGGGUGAAUAAGAACGACACGGACUGUACCAAAUCACAUGCAAAGCAGAACCUUUAUUCAGAGAGCGCGCCCGGAAAGUUGGAGAAACAAAGCACAGGCAAUGACAAUGACCUGUACACUGAAAUGUAUUUAAGCAGCGAAAGUGAGUCGGACGACGAGGCUACUGUGGUACUUUCAGAUCAUGGCACGCCAGAAGUUCACGAAGACGAGUCUCAUUAUAUUACAACCCAUGAAAUCCAGCUUCUGGAGUUGGACCAUGAAGUGGAUUAUGACUUUGAGACGGGGUCCAGCUGGGAUGUUGAGGAUGAUCAUCAGGUCUACUCGUUUGUCGAUUAUGCUUUUUUUGACUGUGAUGAAACGACAGUGACAAAACAGGCAGACACGAAAAGCCACCAGGGACAUGCCGAUACAAGCGUAGCAGUGAUCAGCAGUCAGCCCGAAAGCAAUCUCUGUGACAGCGACAAAUGCGCCAGCUCAAAGGAAAGCCUGUCAAAACAACAGAACACCACCGGGCAGAUUCACUUAUCUAUCAAAGCCACUUCCCGUGCUAUAAAUGAGCCAAGCAACAUUCCCGGCAAACGUUCUGAAGAUAUAUGUCGCUAUGUUUUGAAAGGAGUGGAUGCCAAAGGCGACAAAGUAUGUGACAACACAAAGUGCUUUAUUGCUGUGCCGGGGCGCUUGCACUUUGGUAGCAAACUGAAAAGUAAAGAUGUAAACGAUUAUUCAAGCGGUGCAUCCAGCGCAGUGAGCGAGCUGGAUGAUGCCGAUAAAGAGGUGCGCAAUCUCACAGCCAGAUCCUUCAAAAGUUUGGCAUACCCUUAUUUCGAUGCAAUUAAUUUCAGUACCUCCAGCGAGUCUUCCGCAUCAGAGCAUGGGCUGGGAAUCAAUAGGUGGUCGACGUUUGUUGACCUGAAGUAUGGAAACGUAAACAUGUCUAACGGACGAGAUCAAAGUUUGCUUGCCCAUAAAGGCUCCACGUCAAAUUUACAUUUCGCCAAAAAGACAGACGGUAAGGGGAUAACGGGGUUGACAUUAACCAGUAUGCGAGCGCCCCCCGUCGAGAUAUUUGCUCUCAACGGCAAUUUAGUUGGCCAUAGAAACGCAUCAUCAAGAACGAAAAAGAUUGAGCUUAUGGGAAAGUUUUCCCAAGGGCAAAGUGGAGUCAUAAGACUGACUGAAACGUUAAAUUUUCGUUGUAACGUAAAAUCUGGGCAGCCUGGAAACGAAAGGCGUGUGAAAUCUGCACAAAAUACUGGAGGAUCACGUUCCACAGAUGAAGUUACAAACACCUUGCCAAGCGCUCAGGGGAGUGAGGCCAGCAAGCAACCCUGUAAUACAGGGGAAACCAUGGAGGACACACACAAGAAAGCAGUAUUCGCAUCGAGUCUCCUUAAAAAUGUCAUUUCUAAGAAAAUGCAGUUUGAGCAGGAGCGCAAAAUGGAGAGGGGCGAGAUAUGCGAAACCCACCACGCACCCUCUCCGUGUUUUGGGGCGCACGAACAUGAAGUGCAGAAGGAGAAAAUGUCAAGGAAAAAUUCCAAAAGGCUGCAGAGGCAAAGCUCGAAAUUCUCAGAGGCUGAUUCUGACUACUCCAUCGUUUGCGUGGAUGAACUUGGCGACAUAAUUGACAGUUAUUCAAGUGAUGCCAAAUACGACAGUCGCAAAGAAGAGAUUUUGACCAGUGCAUCAGAAACGAAUAUGGAGUCGACGAAUGAAGCUGCGAAUGAUACUAAAAAAGGAGCAUUCGAAGCAUCCAAAGGCACGCUGCUACGAAGCCAAAAUAGCGCGUUCAGAUCGUGGAAGGACGGCGAGCUAGAGUUUCAAAAGGAACAUAAAAACGAUAAAACGCUUGAGGGGAAACUGGCACCGCCGGACGAGUGUCCGAGGGAAACUAACGUGUACUUCGAUUCGGCGACUAGCAAGCACACUAAAAUGUCACAUUUGUUUGUGCCGAGUAUCCAGCUUCCGUCCGGUGAGAGGGAAUUCGGGAAAACGCCGCCGAAUAUGAUUUAUUCCGUGCGCGAUCAAGGAGAGAGCAGGGGUACGAAAUUACGCUCAAACACCUUGUACGUUUCAGAUGCUACGCGCAGCGCAGUAACAUCCAAGUCACCAGAAAUUAAAAUAAGUUUACGGAGCGUAAGGGAUAACAAAAGUGACCCGUUCAGUAUUGCAAAGCUGCUGACUCCCAAUAUAGGCUAUAACGCAGCGGGCCAGAUAAAGACAGCUGAUGACACCAGAUGCCAAGCGCUCGCCACUGCAUUAAAGGGUGAGUCGUCUGACAAAGUACCUCACUUCAUAGUCAGAGACAUUAGAGAUUACAAGGGCAAGCUACAGACACCUAUACACCAAGUUAGAGACGUGCGUAAAUUAGUUAAAAGCUCGUACCACUUUGUGUCUUUAGAUAGCCACGACAGGUCCAGCCAUUUGACCCCAGAAGGAGAACACAAGACAGUAAAGCAGAGCUCAUACUUGAAUUCAGAUUCUCUCUCGCCCAUAGUGAUUAAAUGCCAAUCCGUGAAUACAAAUAGCAACGUAAAGCAUUCGGGAAAUGUAAUAGACCCAUCUAAGCGAAGACUUUCAGAGGAUGUAUUUGAGCAUGACGCGUCAUCGCCUCAAGUUCCAAUAGAGGGCGCCAAAGAUGGGAGUAUGCCAAUCGAAAAGCUAGGUAACCGACUGUCUUUAGACAGCCCAAAGCAAGAUGUGACAGCUGGAUUGAAAAUUGAGGCAAGUGCAAAAAAACAAGACAAAACAAAUGAUAUAUGUGAGAAGAAAACUGAAACUAAGAUGGCCAACCAGGCUGCUUUGCAGAAAUUGCAAGCUGCUGUCAAAACAAUGGAGCAGUUAUACGUUUUUGACAAGAAAGAAUGGAAGAGAAAAACAGAGCCGCGAAGAAUAACGGAUAGUCACGUUCUCUCGCUUAUUGCCAGAGAGGAGCAUGGAGGAACUUUGGAGGAACCGCAAAGCAAUACUAGUUCUGCUCCCACAGCAAACACAGACAACAACGUGGGACAAGAUUCAAACAUAAAGAAAACCUCAUCUCUUGGACCUUCAUUAACCCAGUCUGAGAUGCCUGGAAAAAAAGGAGACAAGGAGACCACCAAGUCACGCACCACUCCAAUCACCCAUCAAGAGAGAAAUGGCCCUAAAGCUUUCAUGCAACUAACAGGAACACCCAAUAAAACUACAACCCUGAGUCACAGUCAAAAGCCUAUAGCCACAGCAAGUUCCAUAAAAGCAGCACAAACACAUGUCUCAUCACCAGCAUCUAUCAGUUGUAAAGGCGUGACACCAAAGUCUCCAAAACUACCUGUUUGCUUGAAGAUAUCUCAACCAAAGCAUGCUUCAGAUGAGAAGGAGCGGCCAAAUGGCAGUGAGACUGAGUUUGCCCCACUGCAGUUCACUUCUACAGCAGAUGCAGAAAACUACCUAACCAUACCCGUGAAGCCUCAUGCCACAACCGCCAUAAAACCGUCCACAGCUGGGCUUGGGAAAACAGCCAUUUAUACAGUUCCAGCGACAAGAGUUAAAACCACCAGUCCACCAUCUUAUCUCAGUCAUAGUGAAGUUAGAAGACAUAAGGAGAUCCAUCAAUCCCCAAAGUGCUCAUCUAUUGUCAUGGAGACACGGUCCCCAGAUACCCCUACUGCCACUAUUUAUCAUACAUCGCUGCCUGUUACGAUGCAAGCCGCUCAGCCACAGGUGAUAUGUUUCUCCCCAACAGUUCAACCUUCUCCAGUCCCAACAGAGCACUUUCAACCCACUCAAAGAAAGAUGCUUUUGGAUCCCACUACUGGAAACUACUACUUGGUGGACACUCCAGUCCUGCCUGCCACCAGGCGUCUCUUUGACCCAGAAACUGGGCAGUAUGUGGACAUCCCUAUGCCUCAGCAGUCUCCAAUGACCCCUGUUCCCUUGCCAAUAUCCCCCCUUGCCCUCAGUCCAGGAGCUUAUGGCCAUACCUACAUGUUUUACCCAGGAUACAUGCCAACCACAAUGGUCCCUGCCCGUACCAUUCAGUCCCAGCUCUCUAUGCAGUCGGAAGCAGAUGAAAGUGAUAAAUCCCAUUUACACAUGGGCCAGCAGGAUGAUGGGGCCUACAUGGAGAGCCCUUACUAUAUGCCUUCUGGGAAGUCAUCGCAAACAGCCUCUGUGGCCCAACACAUUACCACCAACAGGUUAGCCAGCAGCAAGCAGCCUAUCAUCAGCAUCACUUCCCAGAAGGGGCCAAGGAUUAUCGCUCCCCCAUCAUUUGAUGGCACCACCAUGAGCUUUGUGGUGGAACAUCGGUAAAGCCCCACUCACCCUAGAGCUAACAGAACUAUGUCACCUUUUCACUCACUUGGAGUUUGUUUUAUUUUGUCCUGAACCUAUUCAUCAUGAUCUCCUUCAUCACAAACAUAAUCUAAAUUGUCUUUAUCAUAGUGCAUUACCCAGUUAUUAUUUGUGGCUGUCAAUUUUAUGCUUCUUUAGUGUUUUAAAACUGCGUUGUCUGUCUCUCAAAUCUUUUUGAAUGUGGUUGCCUGGUUGGAAAUUGUAAUUGAACCCAUGUUCAUAGUUCAUAGGUAAUAUCAACUACUAUGAAUCAGUAAAAUAAUUUAAAGAAUACCAAUUUUUGAACUACAUCUCAACUUUAUUUAUAUAGCGCUUUUGACAAUUUUCAUUGUUACAAAGCAGCUGUACAUGAGACAUAUUGACUAUAAGCAAAACAAUUAAAGUUGUACCUGUAAAAACAAGAAAAAGGUGAAAACACAGAAGACAGACAUACCCACAUACAAAACACUCCACACACACAAUAUGCACACGUACUAACACACAUAGACAUAGACACACACGGAUGCGCAGACACGGACGCACACGCACGCACACACACGCACGCACGCACGCACGCACGCACGCACGCACGCACGCACGCACACACACACGCACACACACACACACACACACGCACAGGCUUUGGUUGACUAUCCCUGUGGGGACAGUCCAUAGGCGUAAUGUUUUUAUACUGUACAAACUGUAUAUUCUAUCCCCUAUCCCUAACCCUAUCCCUAAACCUAAAGAUCAUAGAACACUUUUUGCAUUUUUAGAUUUGUAAGAAAUAUUGUUCUGUACAAUUUAUUAGCUUUUUUGCCCAUGAGGACCUCAAUUUUGGUCCCCACAGUGACACGAGUCCCCAUGUGUUGGUGUGUAUUCAGGUUUAGGUCCCCACCGGGAUAUACAAACAUGAACGCACACACACACACACACACACACACACACACACACCUACACACGCACACACACACACACACAUAUACAUACAUGACAAUUAAACACACAGACACAUGUACAUGACAAUUAAACACACAGUACUCAUAUUAUAUUUCAAAUCUGCACACAAAUUACAUAUCCUCUUUUAUUAAAUUAUGUGCUACUUUGUGCUAUCAACUUUGCCAGAAACAGUACAUGAAUUUUCUCCUUUUAUCUCUUAUUCUUUGACUUCUUUGGUUCUUCUGCUGACCUUGAUUCUCAGCACUCUUCUUUGAGAGGUGUUCUGCAAACUAAAUGUAUUACAUUACAGUGUUAUAUUGUAUAUUUUUGUCAUUUUUACUUCUGCUGUUUUGUUCAGUUGGUAUUGAAUAGACCAUCACAUAAACACACAAUACUGUGUGGAUGGUGUGGUGAAUGGGAUGUUUUAGAGGAUGGUCCUCUAUUUUGUUACAGUACCAGAUGAGUAUGUGUGAGAGAAUGUGUUCACCAGAUCACUGUGAUUUGGUUUGAUUGGCAGGUUCUUCUUUUAAGGUACCAGUGAUAAAUAAUAUGCGGAUAAAUAAUAAGGUCAGGGAAAUUUAUUUCCAGUGAAGGUAUGAGAGAUAUAAGCAGAAAUUUCUUGUAUUUUGGGGCAAAGCUUGGUAUACCUAGAAUAUAAAACACAGUUCACCUGUAGCAUCAAGGGAGCAUCCCAUAAUCAAAUUUCCGAUCACUCUGCCCACAUCUGAUUUGGGUAAUAAGGUAUUUUGAUUUUAAGUGUAAAUACUAAGAAGUAUUGUAAACUAUUUGAGCUAUAUAUUAUAUGUAACUUUCUGUUGUAUUUUAUUUGCUUAUUUAAAAAAAAUGCAAAUUUUCUUUGAUUUUUAAAGUGAAAUUUUAUUAAAUCUAUUAAAUAUUGUGUCUUUUUCCAAUGCUACCCCAUGAUGCUGUACAUUAAUUUAUCAUAUAAUUGUUUGCUGAUAUUUCAAAAUAAAUAGUUGGACAAGGCAUUUCAGUUCCCCGUGAAACAUCUGUAAUACAUAACAUGAAAAACUUUUUUAUUUACAAAAGAACCAUAUACAGCAAGUAGGCCUAUCUCAAGAACCCUAUUCAGUGAUGAAUGGUUCUUGAUUAGAAAAUAGUUCUUUGCUUAACCCAAGACACUUAAAGAACCUUCAAGUGUGUAUGGAUGAACUUUUUAAUUUUUUAUGAAUGGAAAUAAAUCAUUGAUCGAUCCUAGCCCAGUUUCAGAUAUUAUUGCUGUAAUAAUAUAAUGUAUAUAAUGUAAUAAUAUAUAUAAUCUAUAUUAUUGCAAUUAUUUUGAAACUUUUCAAAUUACAUUUGGAUUCUUUUUUUAUUUGUCUUUUUAGGGAUUUUGUGAACUCAAAUACAGUAUAUCAGUGUUGGAGCUGCUGGUCAGUCCGUUAAAUUGUGUUUAAGAAAGUUUGGUGUGCUGCUUUUCAGCUUGAGCAGAAUAUCUAGUCAGAGCAUUUCACUUUAGUGAAAUACAAAAGUUUUUGUAAAAACAUUUGAAAUCAGUGCACAUAUCUUAAAAUGUGUUUGUGUAGUACAUGGUGUAUGUUGAUCAUGUGUAGUAGUCUUUGUGUUCAGCACAAACUGAACUUCUAGACUUCUAGUGAUGUAACCAUGGAGUCACUUGAUUUCCUAUAGGAAAGCAUGGAAUUAGUCACAUUUUAUUAAUAUUAAAUGUAAAUAAGAUAUCAAUGAGAGCAAUUAAAUGUUUAAAGGGUUAGAGGCAUGUGUGAAGAUGGGCAGGUGUGGGUAGGUUUACAUACUAUUGUGUCUGGAAAGAAUAAAAAUUGAAAAUCAUAACAAAAGGAUUGUCAAGGGAAGGACAGCAAUGUUGAAGUUACAGGACAGAUGUUGUUAAAAAUAAAAUGAUAUGCCUAAAGAUGAUUGUUUUUUUCCUUUCUUUUUAUAAAAACACCCAAAUAAAGUCAAAUAAACAUGUUCUUAUCCAAAGAUUACACAGAGGGUCACGGGAAGAACACAAAAAACAGACUAGUCCAGUUAAUGACUAGCAAUGACAAUGGUGUUAAUAUCGUAUUAUUCGUUAUUUUGGUAUUGCAAUUAAAAUAAAAUGUUAUUCAUACAAUGACAAGGAAAAUAAAACCUAUACAUGUGUAUUUCCCCCCAUAUUUAAAAAAAAUAUUUUGGUGGGUUGCAAGUUUGUACUUGUAUUUAAAACUCUUGUUUCCAAUUUCUUGUUUACUAGAGACAUUUAAAGACUGCCGUCAACAAACCUCUCCUAAGAUUUUUUGCCAAUACUGUAUGUCUAACAGCUGGUCAUAAGCAUUUUUACUGUCCAAUGUGGAUCUUAAAGGCACC